AUACGUGUAAAUGAAUUUAUGCCGUCAGUCAGUGCGGCUUAGUUCGAAUUUUAUCCUGGAUUAAAAUUGAAUCUAGUGCAGUAGAUAUUACAAAUUAAGAGGGAUAGAUAAUUUUAUUAUAUUGGGUCAUAUUUUUUGUGUGGUGAUUAUGGAAGUGAAUACUGAAGUGUUGGUGGCAGAGCUUCGGGCAACUAUUGCAUCAAAUGAAAAAGUAGCCCCAUUCAACGACGUUUUCGAUGAUCCGUACCUGCUUGGGUUUUUACGAGGAAAGAAAUUUAAUAUAGAUGAGACAAUGUCUUUUCUAGAACACUAUAUUGAAAUGAGGACGGUAAAAUAUAAGAAGAUUAUUGGUCCAUUUCGACCAUUCACGACCAUAAUGGUGGAUAAAGGAUGGGCCAAUAUGCUUAAGAAUCGAGACCCGCUCGGAAGAUAUGUCUGGGUCUUAUCAUUCAGCUCCUGGAACCCAUUAGAGGCCUCUGUUUAUGAUGCACUUGCUGCCAACAUGUUUUUCACAGACGAAGGAAUUCGCAGCUAUUAUUCAAACUUUAACGAAAUUUGUAUCAUUUUCGAUUGUAAAGGAUUCUGUUUCGAACAUGUAAACACAGCCAGACCGAAACUACUGCUGCUCGCUGUAGAGUUAUUCUUUAAAUGCCUUCCAUGUCGGCCUAAAUCGAUUCAUGCUGUCAACGAAAACUCCAUGGUCAGUACUUUAUACGCACUUUUAAAGCCAUUGUUGGAUAAGAAUAUACAACAGAGGUACCACUUUCACUCCAAUCGACUUGAAGAACUUCAUCGUCACUUCCCACCUGCCAUGUUGCCCGAGUCCCUGGGAGGAGAGUUGGCGUGGGAAGAUGCCUUUGAAAAUGAUUUAAUACCCAGGGUGAAGGGGAAUGACGACUUUUACGAGAAAAUGGCAAAUGUGUCAAGAUGAUGGAAUUAUGCAUAAGUAUGUAAAUGUGUCGGAUGAUGUACAUAAAUAGGUGGUUGACAUUCCACUGCCUAAUUUAAUUAAACAACUAUCUACAUAUAAAUAUACAACAUGCAUUUAUUAGAUAAUACUCCUUUAUUUUACCCACAAUUUUGUAACCACGCAUAGGAUGGACAAAACAACUCCAGUGAAAUUGUAUUAAUAAAUUAAUAUUUUACUACAUAUGUGCAUAUUUACAUCGUAUUUGGAUAUACUUAUUAUAUGUAUAAAAAUACGUACCGAUUUAUGUAUACAUAACUAUUUACCUAAAUUCUACCCAGAUUAAUUAAUAUAUGUAUUCAUUAGUUCCUUGUAAUUUUUAGAGAAAUGAUCAUACAUACAAAUCAUACAUUUAAUUUUCAUUGCGAAGUGUAUAUACAUAUAAUUAAUACAUAUACACAUAUGUAUGCAUGUGUUUACAAGCUUUGAAAAAAUUAACAAAAUCAAACGAGGAAAGAUCGACUGGAAGUACAUAAAUUAUUAUUUUGCUUUGCGUCAAUAAAUUUAUGACUUAUGUAUGUACAUAUGCAUCAUGCAAUUCUAAUACAUAACUCAGCCAGUUAAAACUUGUAUUUUGGAAGAAUAUAAAGAAAUUGGGUCAUCGCCGAAGAGGUGAAAUCAAGAUUCAAAGGUUAUUAGAUAUAUGUAUAGCUCCAACUUUAAUACAUUCUCAAACAUUUGUCGAAUUAGAAUUACAUGUACAGAUAUACUUCACUUUAAAAACAUUUUUUAAUCUUGUACCCAAUUUACCGGAGUUAACAUCCUUGUUACCAGUUAAUUUAUCGAAAUAUUACUUUACCCACUAAUUACAUAUAUUUGAGUGCAAUUAUUUAUCUCAGCUACCGAUUACUUAUGAGAUCGUUUGCAUUAGAUUAUUGCGUGCUAGUUACACAAUUGUGUUUGACUGGUAUCGGAGAAUUAGCUUGGUAGUCCUGUUAUAAAAAUCGUUACACAAACGUGUGCAAUUUUGUAGCGUGGUUACAUAUGACAUAGGAGGAAUAGUUUGCUAGUACCAAAUCGAUAUUUUGGUAGUGCCAAAAAUUAACUUUAUAUAAAACUAUCAAAAGUUGCAUUUGUCUCAAUACUCAUGAAAUUGAUGCUAUUUCAGAAAUAGGAAUCCUUACCUUUAAAUAAGUAGAGUGCAUGUCAACUGCAACUUUGUAUCUUUGACAUGAGUAAGUCCAAUGUUGCCAAUUUUUUAAUUAAUGGAGUAUGCAAGUAUUAAACAUUUUUCUGCAAUAUGUAUGCAUUCACGAUAAACGAGGUACGCUCAUAUCUCUCUGAUAGAUAACAUUGUGUAAUAAAUGGUUGUUGACCAUGAAAUUUUUUGUAGGACAAAGUUUGGUUUAUGUUAGGUCAGUAUUUCAUGGUUGGAUGUUAAAUACUUCAAUACGAAAGAAACUGGCUGUAAGAAGUAGUCUCAUUUCUGCCGUCGCUUUGCACACCCACAGUAAAUUAAAGUAAUAUUUAAAGUAAUAUUUAAUUGCAUACAUAUACAUAACAGCAGAGAACCAUGGAUUAUGCCCCUGAAGAACGCAAAGACAAAAAAUUGGCCCAGCUAAAAUCUCAAAUUCAAGAUCAUGAAACAAUUGGGCCAUACAUUGACAUAUUAGAUGACAGCUUUUUAAGUGGAUUUCUUCACGGGAAGAAAUACGACUUGGAUGCAACAAUAACUUGUCUGGAAAACUAUAUUCGCAUCCGAACAGUAAAGUACAGAAAACAUAUGCAACCCUAUCGACCAUCCAGUGAGGUCAUGUUGGACACACUAUUGAUACGUUUCCUCAAGAAUAAAGAUCAGCACGGGCGAAUUGUUGCAGUUUUGCAGUAUGAAUCUUGGGAUCCAGCUGUACAAACAGCACAACAAGUUCUCGCCACAACCAUGUUUGUUGCGGAUGAAGCGAUUCGAUCCUUGUUUCCAAAUUGUGCUGACAUCGUGUCAAUCAUCGACUGCAAAAGUUUCUCGUUCGCACACUUACGACAAAUAAAUUUCAACAUUAUGGUUCAAACAAUAGAGUUGUGCUUUAAAUGCGUCCCAUCUCGUCCCAAAGCAUUGCAUAUGGUUAACGAAAAUAAACUCUUGGCUGGCAUCAUUAAGAUAGUCAGAAGUUUAUUACCGAAUAAAAUCAGGGACCGGUACCAUUGCCACUCGUAUAAUCUUGACUCGCUUCACGAACAUGUGCCACGAUCCAUUCUACCGGAAUCUUUGGGUGGAGUUUUAACUGAUGAGGAAGCGUAUGACCAUGAGUUAAUAGCAAAUGUUAAAAAGAAUGAUAAAUUUUAUGACAAAAUUGUGCAAUAGGGAGUUUCCUGAAAGAAAUUAUUUUAUUAGUAAUUAUUUGAGAUUUCUGAGAUUUAACAGUUUGCAGACUUGACACAUUACAAUUUCUCAAUUUUUUGUGUAUAUUUUCUCUAGUCUUUGUAGAUAAAUACGUAUAUGUAACCAAAAGAAUGUUAUUAAAAACAAAAAUUUGCCCAUAUUUAUGUAA